AUGGAAUUGGGAGGGGGUAGCUGGCGGCAUGUUAAACGCCAAGGGAACAGGGCGGCUCACGUUAUGGCGCAUUGUGAGAUGAGCUGGGAUUCCCCAGUAGUGUGGAUUGAUAGUCCUCCAAAUUUCCUUGUUAAUCAGUUGAUUUUGGACAAUGUAACGAUUUCUUCUGGUUAA